AUAGAACCCAGGCACAUAUUAUACCUACAAAUGCGACAGUUUUCGCAAUGGUAAGGGUCUUGUUGAAAACCACAUCAAUUUUGAUUUGGUUAAGAUUUUCGAUAUUCAACAGCAUAUCAGAUAUGCUACUUUUGCUUUGUGGAACACUAUUAACUAACAGAAUGGUCGAGAAUCAAUUUCUGGGCUAUAUUUACCUGAUAAAGAAGAGAUUCCAACGGCUGAACCAAAUACUUUCAGAUUUGACUCAAUCUCCACAAGUGGCGCAGGUAAUCAAGGUUCGUCAAAAAAACGAUACCCUCAGCUGCUUAAGAAAAAAUCGUUUUAUUCACUAUGACCUUUGCGAAAUAACCAAAGACAUCAACCGUUGCUUUUCAUGGGCACUCCUGGCAGGAAUCAGUCUGAGCUUUUUGAUUUUCACCUGUGUCGGAUUCACUUCUGCAAGAAUUAUCUACAACAGAUUGUUUGGGGGACACGAUAAUGAGAAUAUAUACGUUCAUAUAAUAUGGACGGCUUUAAAAUUGAGUGACUUCAUGACUUUGGCGAUUUUAUGCAGUCAUAUAACAGCGGAGAUUAAGAAUACAACAAAAAUACUUUUUAAUGUGAAAGAAAUGAUUGGACCUUUAAUUUUCUCUGAGACAAAAAUCUUCUUGAACCAAAUAAUUCAGUGGGAUUUGAAAAUCACAGCAGCAAACUUUCUCGACGUCGACAUGACGCUGAUAUAUAAUUUGGUCACUUGUGCAGCUACCUAUAUCGUCAUAAUGAUACAAAUGGGCCAACUGAACCAAAAUCAACAUUGAAACAAUUGAGAAGCGUUUUCGGGAAUGAGUGCAGGGCUGAGGGAUAGGGUAGGGAGUCAAGUCCUCGUUACGCUGUGAAGGAAGACGGUCUCUGGUCGCGGGACAUUUUUUGUGUUUUAAAUUAAAAACUUGUAGGUAUCGACUCAGUUAUUUGUACUCAUCUUCAAGUUUUACCCAAGUAAAGUGUAGUAAAAUCUCGCCAUCGUCAUAUUGAUCCCAUAACCCUGAGACAUAUUAUCAAGGAAACUUCCGAACUGUUUCAAAAUAUAUAAUGUGUAUUAUGAACUGCAUUCAAAAGCUAAAAAAUGCUGGAAACAUUUAAUAAGAUAUCCAAAAUUAAUACUCAUUUAUAAUUAUUUAGAAAUUGCACCGAAAUUAUAGAAUUCUUUGGAACUACGGAGUCAGCUGCCUUGACAUAUGUUGAAGUUAUUAGUUGAAUCAGAUCUUGUAUUUCAUCGUAUGAAAAUAGUCACGCCAUAGAUACUCGACCUACUUGACAUUUUUUGUUUUUGGCAUCACAUUUUUGAGACGCAAUGUAAUCUAUCUUUUUUCUGUGUUUAUUUGAUAAUUUAUGUAUACAUACAUGAUUGCCCAACAGACGAAUCCGAUUACAGAUUAAUACACCUAUAAUGGUAACUCAACUAAUGGUGUGCAUACAAGAACAAUCAUAAAAUGAACAUAAAAAUUGGCUGAAACAAUUGAUCUUAAUGUCAAAACGGUCUGCUAUGGAAUUAUAGUUUUUGUAUAUUACAGCGGUGAUUUAAUACGUUGAUACGGGAGGUAUGAGACCUUCUCGAAUUUAAACGCGGUAUACAUUUAACCUCUAGAAAAUUCUGAUGCAACCACUUAUGUAAAAACCCGUGUUUAAUUAUCAUUUUUCAUGUUUAAUUUUAUUAUCCUGACUGUUGUUUAUACUCUAUUUAUUCUCCCACUUUUUCACCG